AUGUACAUCUUUGGACUUUCUAUUCCGUUGAUGCUGCUCCUCUGGCACUUUAUUUGUUGUAUCCUUAGCAUUGUAGAGUACGUGAUAUGGAUUCGUAAGCAGUCAUUGUUAGAUGUUGGAGGAACAUUGCGUGGUGCCCAUCUCGCAUUUGAUAUUAUUGGUAUAGUCGGUUACAGUUUUGGAGGUGCACCACUUUUUGUCUACGCAUAUAAAUACGGACUAUCGUACAGUAAACGUAGAACUAGACUUUUGUUGGGUAUGGCCGUGAUGUUCAUAGUGUGGUCAUUUCCUAUAUUUAUUAUUGAAUUUGUUAUAUUAGUUUCUUUGGGUGGUAGGAAUUAUCCACUGGAUGGUAUUGUUUUUAUUUUGAGUAUUAUAUCGUCUAUUCUAGAUGGUUUUUGUAUUUGGUUUGGUUAUAUGCGUUUUGCCGCGCAUUGUAUUCAUCACUAUCGUGGAAUAGAACGACAGAUUGACCCACGUGACAGUUUAACACCUUAUCCGAUGCAACCCGUUCGUCUAGUUGCAGGCGUGGAUCAACCUGAUACUAUUUAG